CUGUUAUCGUUGCUGUGCUAUUUCGCUACACCUGAUAUUCCUUCAUGUUGUUGCUAUUGCUUGUGCUUCUGUCGCGGAACGCGUAACCGAAAUUCAAUGUCAGCAAGAUUUGUAUUCAGUUAAUUAUACAUAUUAAACAAAUAGUUAAAUCUAUCACAUCCAAAAAAGUUAAGCAAAUAAUUUCAUCUUAAAGUGUAUAAAUUUACGCAAAGCUGGAACUUACAAGUAGUCAAGCCCAAAAGAUGACGGGGGGAUCCCCAUCAUCUCCAAACCCUUUAACUUCUAGGGCAGUAUCGAGUGCUGCUACUUACAUGGAUGAUUUUGAGAACAUCAUCGAUAGGGGAAAAGAACUGGUGAUGACAAAAGAGUAUAAACCUCAAGUGGCUAAUGAAUUCGAGCGCUAUCUGAAUCCGCAAUCUUUGAAACGACACGUAUUUCGAAGUGAGAAGGUACGCAAAAUUAUCGAGCAUUAUGCUCAAAUAAAUAACUGCCCAGUGAAGCAGAUUGAAAAGCAGGUGAAAGAUAUAAUCGAUGAAAUUGGCUUGGAGCGUAACUUAGCGAUUAUACGAUGGUGUGGUAUGGCUAUAACAGCUAUUUCAAAACGUAUCUUAUCAGGAAUUUACGUUAAUGUCACCAGUAUUCGGAGAGUUCGGGAGCAAUUGGGACGAAACCCCGUUUGUUAUUUGCCCAGCCAUCGCAGCUACAUGGAUUUUGUAUUAAUGUCAUAUAUUUGUUUCUAUUAUGAUAUUGAAAUACCUGGUAUAGCGGCAGGAAUGGAUUUUCACGCAAUGUUCGGCAUGGGGACAAUGUUACGAAAAACCGGUGCAUUCUUUAUGCGUCGCUCAUUCUCAAAUGAUGAGCUUUACUGGGAUAUUUUUCGCGAGUAUAUGUAUGCAUUGAUAUCUGUUUAUCACAUCGGCGUUGAAUUUUUUAUAGAGGGCACGCGCAGUCGCAACUUCAAGGCACUCGUUCCAAAGGUAGGUCUGCUAUCAAUGGCAUUAUUGCCUUAUUUUACGGGCGAAGUGGAGGAUGUUACCAUUGUGCCAGUAAGUAUAUCCUAUGAACGCUUACUAGAAGAGCAAUUGUUUGUUUACGAAUUGCUUGGCGUGCCAAAACCCAAAGAGACGACAAAAGGAUUUUUUAAAGCACUUAAAAUUAUUGACGAACGCUUUGGAAGAAUGUAUUUAGAUUUUGGUAAACCAAUUUCUGUGCGCGAGUACUUUGGUCACACGGGGGCAGAUAGAAUGCAGCGUGCUAGUGUGGGUGCGCACUUGCAAAAACUGGACAGAAAAGAGUUGGAUUUGAUUAAAAAACUAGGCAACGAGGUAAUUUACCAACAACAACGGGGAAUCGUUAUAAGUACAUUUAACUUGUUGUGUUUAUAUUACGCCAGUCAAUUGUAUGUGGAACGUUCGGUUAACAUUGACGAUUUAGCACUUGGCAUUGCUGAGCUAAAGUGUAUUUUCGAAGAGUUAGGUGCCCAUGUGGCCACCGAUAUGAAUCGCCUUAAAAUGGAGAUAAUUGAAACCGUAGAUAUACAUUCGAAUAUUGUGCAUUUUCAAAAUGCCCAACUAGAAUUCACAGAAGUAGCUGCUGCACAACUUGCACAGGAGAUCGACACUAGAAGACUGAAGGCACACGCGCUUUUGCCGCAGAUCAUGGCAGUAGCAGUGCCCACAUUGGCACUGCAGCUUUACAUAAAUCCAUGCAUGUUUUGGCUUGCGCGACCGGCAUAUCUUAUAUUAGCGGCAUUGCAAUUGCAAGCGGACCAACAAAAAGGCACAAAUGAUGAAACAACAGAUUUACCUAGCACCUACGCUGCAGUAGUAGAAAACUUAUUACAACGUGUGACUUUAUUGGAUAGUAUUUUCAAACACGAAUUUAUAAUUGAGUCAAGUCGAGAUAUGGAGGAAUUCAAUAGAAUUCUGCGGCUAAUAUCAGAACAUGACAUAUUAAAGAUAUCGUCACAUAACGGUCAAAUAUCUAUUAAUGAAAAUGAAUGUAUGAAAAUUAUACUUUCUUCAUUAGCACCUUUUCUAUGCGUUUACUACCAAUUAGCAGUGACCGUCAAUCAGUUUCCACUUGUCACUUGCUCCUCACAUUCGAAUAACAAAUCUGAUGAAUUCAGCUCAAAAGAUGUUCUCAUACACAUGCAAAAGCGCAUAGAAAAACUUAUGCAGCAACAGCAUGUUACUAAUGUACAUCCCUAUUGUUUAGCCCUAGAUAAUUUGAACAUUGCACUGAACUCAUUUCAACAAGCUGGCUAUAUACAAAAGGACAAAGAGAGUGGAAUGCUGCAGCAUGGUCCUGGCAAAUCAUUACGGACACUGGAAGCUGAAUUAUUACGCUAUUGUCAGCUGUUGCCAUUCAAACAAUACUACCGUGUAGCAAGCGUUCAAAUGAACUCUAUGCCAUCUAAAUUAUAACUAUUAAAACAACGUAGCAAAAGUCAACUGCUUUCCCAUGCCCGGAAUUGCCACGUAGCUAUAGUGUUUUUAGUAUUAGUUUUUGUUUUGCCAACACUGCGUUUAGUCAUCGGUUUGUUUAUUUAGUUAUUUCUCCAGCGUUACAUCGUGAAUUAUAUAUAGAAAUAGUGUUAAAUUUUUCAAAACGAUCGGCUAAGUAGUUUUGAAGUAGCAAGGGGCACCGACUUUGAAAACGCGAGCUGUAGGGCAACACUUUAAAGUUUUGAAAUCUGAUGUAAAACGUUCAUAAGACAAGUUUAAAAAUUGCCAUAACUUCUUCAAGCUUUUUGCUAGGAUCGACUUGAAAUGUAGACUCGAAUUUGAUAUAUUAUGCAUUUAAUAAUACAAAACAAAAAAUUUAAAAACGCUACUUCCCCCUUAAAAGUCUUCUGGUUUCCACAUUUAUUUACAAUGUAAAAGUCAAAAUUUCUAAACAGGAAAGAGAAAUUGAACGGUCAGUGGCAUCAGGCAUUUCUCUUUUGACAAAUAAUUACGCGCAAAGCAUAUUUUUAAUAGAAAAAAUUCGUAAUCAUUCCAAUCAUUCUUAAGGAAAUCCAAAAGCAUAAACGUAUGUUUAAUACCUAUUCAUUUUUGGAUAUAUGUAUGUAUCUAUAUUAUAUGAAGCGUAUAAGAAAUCAUAAUAAGAUAUAAUAAAAUGCACACAAAUCUUACCACUUAAUGAAAGCUGUUACCAUAUGCAUUAUAUGCGUUCAAUAUUAUUAAGCCAUACUAUUUUUUUAUUACUGGACAAUUAAAUUAUUGAAAUGGUAUCAAAUCCUAUAGUUAUUAGCAACACAAUAAAUUUGUUAUAAAUAUUCCAUAUAAGUUUAUUUUAGUAAUUUUAUAGUAAAUUUGUUGCAUUUAACCAUCUCAUCGCGAAAAAACUGUUUUGGUUUUGUUAACAUCAACGAGUUAAGUUGCUUGUAAUCCGUUUGAUCUUUGAUAUUGAUUUUUUUUUUUAUAAUUUUUCUAAAUUAUUGUGCUAUUUAUAUUACCGCACAUUAAACUAACCUUAAAUUGUUUGAAAUUAAACGAGUGUGUGCAAAUAUCAAUGGGGAAGUGAAAUAGCAAAUAAGUGGUCUUGUUUGAAUUACAAUUAAACAUAUAUUACUAUUUGUUUAUCACAAUCAA